AUGUCGCAGCCUCGCGUCUCUUUCCGACAUCCACCGCCGCUCUGUUCUUUCCUCUUCGCCAUAGUCCUCUUAGUCGCCACUUUCUACACCCUCCACCACCCAGACGCCACUCCUCCUCAUCUCUUCUCCCCAAACAAACACAACUCCCUCACUCUCCGCCGCCUCUUCCUCUCCUCCGCCUCCAACGCCACCGUCUCCUCCUACCUCCACUCCUUAACCCGUCACCCUCACCUCGCCGGAACAAAACCCUCUCUAGACACGCUCAACUACGUCCUAAACCACUUCCAAAGCCUCCGACUCGAUGACACCCGCGUCGCCGAGUACGAAGCUCUCCUCUCUUACCCUACGCACUUCUCCCUCACCGCGCGUUUUAGCAACGACAACACGACUCUGGAGUUCGACUUAAACGACGACGUUUCCUCUUCCUCCGACGUCGUUAUGCCGUACCACGCUUACUCCCCGUCUGGCUCCGCGUCUGGGAACGUCGUCUUCGUGAACCACGGCGAGGAGAGAGACUACCGAGCCCUCGAGAUGGUCGGAGUGAGCGUGAGAGGCUGUUUGGUUUUAGUUCGAAAGGGAGAGACUCUUGGAAGAGGAGUGAUCGUGAAGACGGCAGAGACUAAAGGUGCUCUCGGCGUCUUGAUAUACGACGAGAAAGACGGUGGUGGGCUCGGGGGCAUCGAGAGAGGCACGGUGAUGAGAGGAAUCGGUGACCCGGUUACUCCGGGUUGGCCCGGUGUCGUCGGAGGAGAGAAGCUAAGUUUGGAGGAUGAUCUUGUCUCUAAAAGAUUCCCAAAGAUUCCAUCUUUGCCUCUGUCUCUCCACAAUGCAGAGAUCAUAUUGGCUUCUCUGGCCAGAGCAAAAGCUCCGGUGGAGUGGCAAACGGGUCGGGUUGGGUCAUAA